AUGCUCAAGAACUUUGGCGGCAUCUCAGGGGUAUGGAUGCACGACGAUCGAGAGAAUGGAGGGAUUGCUUGGCUGAUCAGUUCAGACCAUAGCACUAUCGCUGGACAGGCACGGCACACAAGCUGGGUGUUUUACUCGCGAGCUUGGAUUCCAAGUGAGGAGGCAUUUGUGGUUGAAAGCAUUGCGAGGAUCUCUCGGGACAACAAUGGAGCUCAAGGUUUGAUGCCGUUUGUCCAUCUGGGCAUGCUCCCCAACAUCUCACCAAUCAAACUGGGUCCGACCGAUGAAAAUUCACAUACGUUGGCUUCAGUUGAUACACAAGUACCUCAGCUUAAAAGAAUGGACUCGGAUGUUGCAGAGCUUGCCUCUGCUCCAAUGAUUUUUGACUCUUCAGCGGCUCAAACACAAACCUUAGCGAGCACAACUACUCAAACCCAACCGUUGGCUAGCACUACAUUGGGAGGAGACCAACUCGGCAAUCGUAAGAAAAAAGCUUCCGGGGAGUUUCAGAUCCGAUUGAAAUUCAUGAAGACUACCGACCCGCAACUGAUGAGUGGGAAUGCUCCAAAGAUUGAAGAGCAGGACAAGGCAACUAAAGUUGAGGAUCAAGCGUCGCAGAUUGGCUGGAAGACAAACGAGAAGAAUGUUGGGCCAGCAAAAAAAUUGAACAGCCCAAAAACUAAAACGAUCAAGCCCAAACGGGCGGGCAAUCGAGCAAGUGCCCGCAAAGCUCAGCAGGAUUGA